AUGGACAGUGCCCUUAAACAGCUGGGGGUGCUGAAGUGCUGGAGGGAGAUGACGGAGAGUCGCCAGGACUGGAGGAGGCUUGUCGCCAUUCAUGCCAGUCACGUCCUGAUGUUCCAUGUUCCUGCCAGUCAUCGACCAUAUGGAGAAGUCUUUUCUGUAUUCCAAGCAGCUCGCCAGACAGUCAGCCACAAGGAGAUUCCUCAAAAUGGUAAACAACAUGGCCCACAUGCGACGAGGACAGACAAGUGCACAAUUCUGGGGGAGACACCACAUUGUUCUGGGAUUCGCAUUAAUGUGACGAACAACGUGAAACGGUCAUCUUGGUGGGGAACACCGGGAGUAAAAGAAGCCGUUUCAGAGAAAAAGAAGGCUUAUAAGCUGUACAUACAGCGUAAGGAUUCUGAGUCUCGUGAUCGUUACGUUGAAGCGCGAAAGGCUGCAAAGCUCGCAGUUAAAGCCGCUAGAGAGGAGGCGUGGAAAAAGUUCGGUGAAAAGCUGGAGCUUGACUACAGGAUGGCAAAUAAAACUUUCUGGCAAACAGUCCGAAGACUCCGAGGGAAGAAGAGCAAUUCCAUCCAAGGAGUAACAUCUAAGGAUGGGAAUCUUUUGACUAAAGAGGAAGAGGUUUUAAGUCGCUGGAAAGAGUACUUCUCGGAAUUGCUCAAUCCUCAGCAAGGCACUGAUGGUGACGUACCCAUGAGUAAAGGCAGGGAGGAAAGUAGUCCUUCAGAGAGUGAAGUCCUGUAUGCAAUCAGUAAAUUGAAGGAUGGAAAGGCUGCAGGAAUUGACGAAAUACGUCCCGAAAUGCUAAAACUCAUGGGUAUAGCGGGUGCCAAUUGGCUCACGCGUGUCAUUAAGGUGGCUUGGCAAAGUGGGAGAGCACCGAAGGACUGGCAAAUACAAUUCACAAUGGGAUACCAUGCAGUUCUAUUAUUGGAAGCAUGUCCAGCAGCUAUUUUUGGCGAAAUUAAAACAUCUUUCCCGGAACUGAAAUGUCUGCAGCAGGUCUGUAAGGUAGCCUCAGAGAGAGAUACUUAA